AGCCGGACCGGGAGUGUGAGAGCUGCUGCGGCUCUUUGGACCGAACCGGACCGCUAUGCUGUGAUAUGGAAGCGAAUGAGUCCCUGCGGAAGAAUUGAUAGGAAGCGGACCUGCAGCUCCGCGGCUCCGCCGGGCAGAGGGGCCGCCGGUGACGGCGCCUUUACCGGGAGGCUGGGCGUGCUGUUGUCCGUUAUCUGCGCCCUGCUGGCCGCGCUGUCCCUGCUCCGGGGGCUCCUUCGCUGGCCGUGGACUCGCCACGGUACCACUGUUAGAGCCCUGCCCCAAGCAGAUGGCGAACCCGGCGGCGUGAAGCAGCGGGUCGGCAGCGGCAGUCCGGAGCGAGGCGAGCGGGUGAAGAGCCACCACAGGCGGGCCUUCGAGUUCAUCUCUGCGGCGCUGAGGAUCGACGAGGAUGAGGAAGGAGACAAGCAGCAGGCGGUCAGCUGGUACCAGCGAGGGAUCGCUGAGCUGGAGAAAGGUGUCGCCAUCCAGAUCUCAGGAACAGGGGAGAAAUACGAGUGUGACAGACGGCUGCAAAACAAGAUGACAACCAACCUGCUCAUGGCCAGAGACAGACUGCACAGUCUCGUUGAGGUCCUCUCAGGCUCCGGGGUUCAAACGGACAAUUGCUCUGGCCCCACAGACUCUUCCAGCCACCCUGCACCUCUGCGCUCAGGUGGCGCUGUCUCCAGAAGGAAAGACUCUCUUAAUGUGGCACCGUCCAGCCGACCAAAGCACCUCUUAAAGACGUCCUGUUCGUCACCACCCUCCUCGUCUUCCUCUGCGGGCGGCCAUCGCUCACCCGACCUCCACCCAAGUGGCCACUUGCAGCGCCCCCCCACCCACAACAGCAGCAACUGCAAGGGUAGAACAAGUCGACACAGGAGUCAAGUCAGCUCCCCGCCGUCGACACCUGUGAAGAAGAGAGACACAAAGAACCUGAAAAAUGUCGAUGGGAAGCUCGCCAGCCUCAUUCUUAACGAGAUCGUCAGCAGCGGCUCGUCUGUGAGGUUUGAAGAUGUUGCGGGUCAGGACCUGGCGAAGCAGGCGUUACAGGAGAUCGUCAUUCUGCCGGCGCUGAGGCCGGAGCUGUUCACAGGUCUGCGUGCUCCAGCUCGAGGGCUUCUUCUGUUUGGGCCACCUGGCAACGGCAAGACGAUGUUGGCCAAAGCUGUGGCAGCCGAGUCCAACGCCACUUUCUUCAACAUCAGCGCCGCGAGCUUAACCUCCAAAUACGUGGGCGAAGGAGAGAAGCUGGUUCGAGCUCUGUUCUCCGUGGCCAGAGAGCUGCAGCCCUCCAUCGUUUUCAUUGAUGAAGUGGACAGUCUGCUGUGUGAGCGCAGGGAGGGCGAGCACGACGCCAGCCGACGCCUCAAGACGGAAUUCCUCAUCGAGUUUGACGGGGUCCAGUCGGGCAGUGAGGACCGGGUUCUGGUGAUGGGCGCCACCAACAGGCCUCAGGAGCUGGACGAGGCUGUUCUCAGACGCUUCGCCAAACGUGUGUACGUCGCUCUGCCGUCAGAGGAGACUCGCUUCAAACUGCUGAAAAACCUGCUGAGGAAACACGGCGACCCGCUGACUCACAGAGAACUGAGCCGGCUGGCCAGAAUGACAGAGGGCUACUCAGGCAGUGAUCUCACCUCACUGGCUAAAGAUGCCUCCCUGGGACCAAUCAGAGAGCUGCGUCCAGAACAGGUGAGGAACGUGGACGUCAGCGAGGUGAGGAGCAUCUGUUUCCGAGACUUUGCAGACUCUCUGAAGAAGAUCAAGAGGAGCGUCAGCGCGCAGACGCUGGAGCUCUAUGUCCGCUGGAACAGAGACUACGGAGACACUACGGCUGGAUGAUUUUUUUUUUUUUCUUUUUUGUACGAACCUUUGUACGAGUGUUUCUUAA